UAUCCUAGGUGUCGCAUUUUCUUAUAAUAACUAUGUUCUAGUCGAAAAAUCAAUGUUUAUAUUCAACAUUCUUUGAAAAAUAUUUAGUAUCAUGUUCAUAGUUGCAGCGAAAUGGCAAAUAUAAGUUUGGAGCCUCAAGAAAAAGAAAAGGUUACUUACCUACAAAACCAACCUUAUGACGAAGUUGUAGAAGUUUCCAGCUUGGAAGGAAUGGAAGAUGCUGAAACACAGGAGAAAAACAUAGAUGUGCUGAGUGACGAAGAAGUUGAGAGAAAUUCAGUUAAUGAGAAUCCAGAUAUAAAAGAACCUGUUUCCCAUGCUUUACUGGCUCCUCCUCGACCCCUGCCUUCAGCCCGAGUGCAAGGACUUGAAAAACCCGAAUCAGAUGAUGGUUCACAGAACAGCCAAGAAGGUGAUGAAGAUGAUGACGACGACGAUGAUGAUGAAGAAGAAGAAGAAGCAGAAAUUCAAGUAGAAGGUUCUCGACCCACUACUCAACGAGCACGCCCUAGCUCAGCCAGACCUAGAACUACCACAAUAAGAAAGCAUGUUAUACCACAGCCUGUCUCUCUACCUGUCCCUCUUCUAGCACGAAGACACGUGAAUAUGCAGGAUGAUGAUGACUCUCUGAGUCUGGGGCUUUCAGAGGACAGUAUGUCUGUUAGUGAUGCACAGAUUAGUAGGGGUCUCUUUAUGAGGACUAACAGUAUAGACUUGGAGGAGCAACUCUAUGUAUCUCAAGAAAGGGACAGAAUGUAUUUGCAGCUUCCAUAUGGGCAGGGUGGAAGGCAGUAUGAUCCUGCUGAUUAUGAACAUCUAUCCGUGUCUGCUGAAAUGAAGGAACUGUUUCAGUACAUCACAAGGUAUACUCCCCAGACUAUUGAACUGGAACACAAAAUAAAACCUUUUAUUCCAGACUUCAUUCCAGCAGUUGGAGAUAUCGAUGCCUUUCUAAAGGUUCCAAGACCUGACAACAAAGAUGAGAAGCUGGGAUUUUAUGCUUUAGAUGAACCUAGAGCAAAACAAUCAGAUCCAACAGUGUUAGACUUACAGCUCCGAGCUGUGACCAAAGAAACAACUACCAAAACUACAGCAGUUAAAAGAUUGGACAAUGCAGACAAAAACACCAAAGAAAUUGACACAUGGAUUAACAGUAUUGGACAGUUACAUCGAUCCAAGCCUCCUCCAACUGUUCAUUAUCCAAAAAAUAUGCCCGACAUUGACAGUUUGAUGCAGGAGUGGCCUCCAGAGUUUGAAGAAAUGUUGAAGGAGGUUGGACUUCCUUCAGCAGAAAUACAAUGUUCUCUAGAAGAUUAUGUAGAAAUUGUAUGCUGUACGUAUCAAGAAUUUUCUUUACUCAUUGAGUUGUAGCUAAAAAAAAACUAUUCUAACAAGUGAAUUAGAACUUGUGUACCAUAUUUGAUUAUAGUCAAUUUGUUAAGCAUGUUGUUUAUUUUA